UAGCUUAGCUUGCUAACCCCAAAUAUAAAUCACAGUCCUCUCCCUCUCCCCCUUAGUCCCCAUCUCUCUCUCUCCCUCUCUGUUGAUGCCAUAAUAAGAAAGAUAUUAAUAAUGGAGCAAAUUAGGAGCAAGGAGAGGAUUCUUUUCCUCCCAAUCUUAUUGUCUGUCUUUCUUCUUGUUGUGGGCAACUGCAAGAGCCAUGGCAUCAGGAACCAAGCUGCCGUCCUCGGCAGCUUCUACAAGGCCAAGCUGUUUGACAAGUCCAAGGGCAGCAAUAUCGAUACGAGUGAUUUCAAGCUAGCCACCUCGGACCUAGCCGUUGUCGGUGAUGCGGAUGCUGUCGACCUCCUUGAGCUGAUGGGACCUUUCGAUAAUGCGGGACUCAAGGAGAAUGACCGGAUCGGGAGACUGCCCGGUCAACCCCCAGUUCAGUUCAACCAGUACGGUGGCUAUGUCACCAUCGAUGCGUCCAAGGGCCGCGCAUUCUUCUAUUACUUUGUCGAAGCUGAGAAUUCGAAGGACUCUUUGCCUCUUCUCCUCUGGCUCAAUGGAGGUCCGGGUUGCUCAUCCCUGGCUUAUGGAGCAAUGCAAGAACUCGGACCAUUCCGUGUCCACAGCGAUGGGAAAACACUAUACAGGAACAAAUUUUCAUGGAAUAACGUUGCGAACGUUCUGUUCUUGGAGUCUCCGACAGGAGUUGGGUUCUCUUACUCUAACACGUCAUCUGAUUAUGCGACAAACGGGGACAGGAAGACGGCAUCAGACAACUAUAAGUUCUUGGUGAACUGGUUUAAGAGGUUUCCCGAGUACAGGGGACGGGACUUCUACAUUUCCGGGGAGAGCUAUGCCGGACAUUACGUGCCUCAGCUCGCACACCAUAUCCUGGCACUCAACAAAAGGGUCACCAAGAAUAACAUCAUCAACCUCAAAGGAAUCAUAAUUGGGAAUGCCGUGACCAACGACGUGACAGACAAUAUCGGGAUGUAUGAUUUCUUUGCGACUCAUGCACUGGUCUCUGAUGAGACCGUCCAGGACAUAAAGAAGUACUGUGACUUCUCACCAAAUGCGUCUGAUGAUGAAUCGUCCGAUCAGUGUAUCGCAGCAUCCAAUCAAGCUGGCUUAGAUGUCAGCGGCAUUGACAUUUACGGAAUCUAUGGUCCCUUAUGCCACAACUCCAACCUCACUUCCAAGCCCAACAAGGCUUCCGUUAUGAAGUACGAACCGUGCAGUGAUUACUAUGUGUACGCGUACCUGAACCUCCCUGAAGUGCAGGAAGCCCUUCACGCGAACGUGACCAAACUGAAGUACGACUGGCAGCCUUGCAGCAACGUGAUUACCAAAUGGGGGGACAGCCCAUCUACCGUAAUACCUCUCCUCCAAGAGUUCAUGGCCGGUGGCCUUCGAGUCUGGGUCUUCAGUGGUGAUACUGAUGGGAGGGUACCUGUCACGUCAACCAAGUAUUCUAUAAACAAGAUGAACCUUACCGUGAAGACGGCAUGGCAUCCUUGGUACAUGGCCGGCGAGGUGGGAGGAUAUACGCAAGUAUACAAGGGAGACUUUACAUUUGCAACGGUGAGGGCAGCAGGCCAUCAAGUGCCAAGCUACGAGCCCCAGAGAGCUCUUUCUCUCAUGACCCACUUCCUCUCCGGCACGCCUCUUCCCAACACCACCAGAUUUCUCCGAAGUUGAACUGAUCAAUUCAAUUAUGCGCCCAGUUCAUUAAUUUGCUUCUCAUUUCAUAAUUUUAAGGUGAGGGUCCAGCUCUAUACGUACGUAUGUACGUUGUUAAUAGCUGGGUGAGCGUGCUUUGAUAUAAUAUAUCAAGCAGCUCCUCCCAGAACUCAUAUAUAUGUGAAAUUAAUUGGUCAUUUGAAAAAGAAAAAAGUCAGAUAGCUAGCUUAUUCGACGAUUGUUUGAUAUUUUUUUCCGCUGCUUUAGAUGUCGUCUCAGAAUGUUUCCUUUGAAUGUACGGGACAAGAUCCAUAUCUAUAGCUCCCUGCUGGCAUCACACGA